UCCUCACUGGUGCCUUGAGGAGGGACUGGAGGCCGGGGUACCAGAUGUAUCUAAAGACUAUGUCUCUGCUCCCGCGGAGUAACAGCACAUACAUGCCAAGUGAUGGUGCCACACUACAGUAUGCACCAGAAAUCAUUGGUUCCUUAAUUAUCUUCAUUCUCACCUUUAUCCUGGGCCUCCUGGGCAAUGGCUUGGUGAUCUGGGUGGCUGGCCUGAAAAUGAAGCGGACCGUGAACACUGUGUGGUUCCUGCACCUUGCCAUCGCCGACUUCCUGUGCUGCAUGUCUCUGCCAUUCUCCAUCAUUCACCUGAUCCUCCAUGAGUACUGGCCAUAUGGCCACUUCCUCUGCAAGGUUAUCCCAUCAGCCAUCAUCCUCAACAUGUUUGCCAGCGUCUUCCUCCUCACUGCCAUCAGCAUUGACCGGUGCCUGAUGGUGAUGAAGCCAGUUUGGUGUCAAAACCACCGUAACGUGAGGCUUGCAACAGUAAUGUGCAGUUGUAUCUGGCUCUUGGCCUUCAUUAUGUGUUGUCCUGCAUUCCUCUACCGUGAGACCAUCAAAGCUGAAUCUGGCAAAACUGUGUGCUGUUAUCAGUUUGGAGAUAAUAGGGAUUAUGGGGAUUAUAUGCAUAAUGGGAAUGAUUCAGCCAUGAGCUCUGGCAUAUCCCAAGAUGAAUAUUCUGGUGGUUUGUCCAGCACUGAUAAUCCUGGCACCUUUUACAAUGAUACUAUCUUAUUCGGAAACUUGAAUGAUUACUUCAACAUCAGUCGGCCAACCACCCUACUGACCAUCAGUAUUACCAGGAUUGUCUUUGGCUUCCUCCUUCCCUUUAGCAUAAUGGCAGUUUGCUACAUCCUUAUAGUCAUCAAGAUGCGUAGAGCCCAAUUUACCAAACCCCGUGGUAAGACCCUGCGAGUGAUCCUGGUUGUAGUGGUUGCCUUCUUUGUCUGUUGGGCUCCAUUCCAUGCAGUUGGGGCACUGUCUCUCCUAGCUAUGCCAGGCACUGGAUUUAGGGAGGCAGUGACACUGUGGGACCACCUCUCUACAGCACUGGCCUAUGCAAACAACUGCAUCAACCCUUUGCUCUAUGUAUUUGUGGGGCGGGACUUCAGGCAGAAGGCACGCCAAUCAGUGCAGGGCAUCUUGGAGGGCGUCUUCAGCGAGGAAAUUACACGCUCCACUUCCUACUCACGGGACAGGACCAAGACUGCAGCAGACAGAGAUAUCAGCAGCAACACCCUCUAAAAUGGGACUUCCAGACAGCACUGCCAGAGCAAGGAGGGAAGUUUGCACCUUCCAUGG